UUUAACAAUUUUAACAAUUUUACAAAACUCGUUGUCGACAAAAAACGACAUUUCUAGAUGGAAUCCUUUCACAACCCUCAUUGUCCGGUUUGUCACGGUGCGUGUACAUCGCGAUUUUUACCAACGAAAAUAAUAUUGUACCCAAUCAUCCACGUGACAAGCAAAGUCGUACAACAAGUGCACAACGAUUUUUGGUAAUCAACAGUGGCGUAAGCAGCUUCAGUCUUUCAUAUCCUCAUGAUAGCGUCUUGGUGUUUUAAUCAAUGGUUUUAAUGCGCCGGUUCACUUGGCCCAUAGUGCAUCGCGAUGCGACGGCGGAUAAUCUGCCUUCAAUUAAAGAUCACACAAAGAUGGCGAACGUCCGUGACCUGCAGGCGGCGCUAAGUGAAAGGGAUAAGGAAUUGCAAAUAAAGGAAAACCGCAUUCAAGUGUUGGAAUCCGAGUUGAAACGUAAGGACGAGCAGAUCCGUAAGAUCGAAUCGGAAUUGGAUAAAUACCGUUCCGUUCUUAAACCAACGACCACGAAUGUUCCUAAAUCCCGGUUGCCAAGGCUUGGAAUAUCAGCGGAGCCGACGUUCGCCAAACACAUCGAAGAAAGGAUAUCAAAGCGAACAGCAUCAUUAGACCAUCAUGACAAGUCUCUCAGGUCGAAAGAAUUGAUUAAAGAAGCGAUUCUCGACAAUGACUUUCUCAAAAAUCUCGAGGCAUCGCAAAUUCGUGAAGUUGUUGAGUGCAUGUACGAGAAAACGUUCAAGAAAGAUGAAGUUAUAAUACAGGAGGGUGACACUGGAUCACAUCUUUACGUAUUAGAAGAUGGGAAAUGUGUUGUGUCGAAAGAAGGACAGUUGCUUGGAAACAUGGGGCCGGGAAAGGCCUUUGGAGAGUUGGCGAUUUUAUAUAACUGUACAAGAACUGCCACGGUUAAAGCCACUAUUAAUGCGUCACUAUGGGUGAUAAAUCGUCAGACAUUUCAAACAAUCAUGAUGAAGACUGGACUCAUGCGUCAAGCGGAACAUAUGGAAUUCUUAAAGAGUGUUCCACUGUUGAAAGAGCUCGGGGAAGAUGCAUUGCACAAAAUCGCCGACGUAAUAGACGAACAGCAUUAUGAUGAAGGUGAAUACGUUAUUCGACAAGGUGCCCGCGGCGAAACAUUCUUUAUCAUCAAAAAGGGAACGAUCAUAGUCACGAUGCGUCAGAAUGUCCAUGAUGAGCCGACAAUGAUAAGAGAGAUGACGUCGGGUGAAUACUUCGGAGAGAAAGCUCUCAAAGGUGAUGAUUUUCGUACCGCCAAUUGUAUCGCUGGAAAAGGGGGAACGCAUUGUUUGGUUUUGGAUAGAGAGGCGUACAGUCAGUUUAUCAAUGGUCUACAAUUCAAGGAAUACGACGACAAAACUGAAACACCAGCCUCAGUUAAAUUAGAAAAACUCCGAGAACAAGAGAGCGAGUACGCCCACAUUCAUCUGGAAGAUUUAACAGUGAUAAAAACACUCGGCGUUGGAGGAUUUGGAAGAGUUGAGCUGGUGAAAUCAACCAAAGACAAAAGGACGUUCGCGUUAAAACAACUGAAAAAGCAUCACAUAGUGGAAACACGACAACAAGACCACAUCAUGUCGGAGAAAAGGAUCAUGUUUGAAGCACAAUCUCCGUUUAUAGUAAGGCUGUACAAGACAUUUAAGGAUAACAAGUAUUUGUACAUGCUGUUAGAAACCUGUUUAGGCGGUGAAUUAUGGACUGUGCUUCGGGAUAAAUCGUCGUUUGAUGACAGCACAUGCAGGUUUUAUGUUGCCUGUGUGUUGGAAGCAUUCAGCUAUCUUCAUUCCAACGGAAUUGUUUACAGGGAUCUGAAGCCGGAAAAUCUUCUUCUCGAUAACAAAGGUUAUUGUAAAUUGGUUGACUUUGGUUUCGCAAAGAAGAUUGGCUUCGGUCGUAAAACAUGGACGUUUUGUGGCACACCGGAAUAUGUUGCACCCGAGAUCAUCUUGAAUAAGGGCCACGAUUUGUCAGCCGACUACUGGUCACUUGGUAUACUCAUGUACGAGCUCUUGACCGGAAGUCCACCGUUUUGUGGAGCGGAUCCCAUGAAGACUUACAACAUCAUCUUACGUGGAAUGGAUAUGAUCGAGUUUCCACGAAAGAUUACGAGAAACGCUCACGUGCUUAUCAAGAAGCUCUGCAGGGACAACCCUGCCGAGAGGUUAGGCUACCAGAAAGGAGGUCUGAAAGAUAUAAUGAAGCACAGAUGGUUUGAUGGUUUUAACUGGGAAGGAUUAAGACAGGGAAAGCUCACACCACCGAUAAUACCAAAGGUAAAAUCUGCAACAGAUGCGUCAAAUUUCGACGACUAUCCCCCCGAUGACGACGUUCCUAUCGAUGAUAUGACAGGAUGGGAUCGCGACUUUUAAAAAAGACAAUGAAGCUUGCAUCAAUAGGAAGAGACAACCAAGAAUGGAUAUUUUAUAUUGCUGUAAAAGCAACGAGGACAUUGCACACAGAGACCAACGAAAUUGAACAAGUAAUCGGCAUUUGAUGUCAUCUAUGUCAACUAGAUCAGAGAUAGUCUUCUACAAAUUCUUUGCUUUAUUUAUUGUCACAAGGCAAACACAAGAUUAGAUAGUUAAGGAUGCACGCUGCCCGAAUUUAGAUUAUGAAAAGAUUAAAGAAGAUAUGUGAACUAAUUAAUUAUAAGAGAUAGGAAAUCAAUGGAUUACAAUAAGUUCAAUGCAGUGUAAAUAUGACAAAAGACUAUUUUUAUUACUAAGUAUUGAAGUUGUAUUAUAAGGAUUUUAACUUAUGUACAAAUAAGAGAAUAAUUAACUAUAACGAAA